CUUAAGGCAAAGAAGUUGUCAAGCAUUUGCUCUGCACAGUAGGAGAAACACUUCCAGACCUGAUACUGGCACUCACAAAACAGGGCAGACAGGCCUGAAAGACUUUGAAAACCAGAAGCCCACACGAGGACUGAAAGAAGGAUCUAAAACCUCAAAGAGGAUUAAAAGACGAUGGCAAACAACACUGGUUACCAAGAUAUCGAGGACUGCGAAGCCACGAACAAGGCACUGUACAAGUUCUACGCAGCCGUCAUGAUUGUGAUCUUCAUCCUGGCGCUGCCUCUGAACGCAUCUGUCCUCCACCUCUUCAUAUUCAAGCUGAAGUUCUGGAAAUCCAACACCAACAACAUCUUCCUGUUCAACCUGGUGCUGGCCGACAUUCUCCUGAUCUUCUGUUUGCCCAUAAAGGCAUACAACUACAUAGAUGGAGAGAGGCGAAGCGACAAAGACGCGAUUUGCAAAGCUAUGCUCUUCAUGUUGUUUUUGAACCGCGGCGCCAGCAUCGCCUUCCUGACGGUGACCUCCAUCGACCGGUAUUUCAACGUGGUGCACCCCGGUCGCAAGAAUCUCCUGAGAGCUCUCAAGAAGUCUCCGCAUAUCUCGAUCCUCAUCUGGCUGCUCCUGCUGCCUCUCACCAUCCCCACCAUGCUCAAGACCUUUGAAUGCUGCAACAGCCACAGCCAACUGCCCAAUGGCACUAAAGAAGACACUCUGGUUAAGGACGUGGUGGACAGUAUGCGGGAAGUGGUCUUCUUUUCCCAGAUCAUCAUCCCCUUCGUCAUCCUGGUCUACUGCACGGUGCACAUCGUCAACCGGCUCAGGAAAAAGACUGUCGGGGACACGACCAAGCUGAGGAGGGCGGUUUUCCUGGUGACCUCCGUCAUGGUGGUCUUCUCCUUCUGCUUCCUCCCCUGCACCGUGGCCAGAAUGGUUCUGCUGAUCGCCCGGGUCAAACCGUGGCCCGAAGACUGGCAGGAUAAAGCUGCCGUGGCCUUCGAUGGCCUCAUGGUCCUCUCCUACGUGGACUGUCUGCUGGACCCGCUGAUCUACUGCUUCUGCAGCACCAAGUUUAAAAGUAUUUACCUCUCCAGUUAUUUCCCGUUCUUAGUGAAAGGCAACGGAGUGCCGUUGGACAGCUCAACGGGAAACACAACGCAACCUUCGCGUAAUAACGUCAUUUGAAAUGGGAAACCGGAGGCUGUUGCCCUGUGGGGACACCUGUGUGAUCCAAAAACAUACUACCUGAGACUGACAGUGCACCCCAAACACGUUUCUAUUUUAUGAAAGGGGACUCGCAAUGAAGGCGUGCAGUUGUUUUUUAGGUUCCUUAAAGUAAUAAUCUCGAUGAUUGUCAUUUAAAUAAAUGUCUGUUAAGUCACCAUCAAUGGCCAAAUGAUGUAAAACAAAGUAACUGAGCCUAUGGCCCACUGACAAAAAAGAAAAGAGGUUGAAUGUGCAGGAUAUCAAACUGACAUUCCUCUGGAAUUGCAGACACUGUUUGGAUGUCUGGGAAGUGAGAUCCAAAAGAACACCUACAACUACCGCUUACCCCCAGAGGUGCACUAAAGAUAACAAAUCAGAGAGCUUUGAGAUUGUACAUUUUAGUUGUAUAUAUAGGUACAUAUGUAAAUAGGAAGAUCUGGUUCUUUGACAAUGUGUAGUAGUGAGUCAACAGGUCAAGUCGUCUCCUGAUUGUGUAGAAUGUCUUCAUGAUGGUGGAUUUUAUUUUGUGAUUUUUUUAAAUAUAUAUUUGUUUUAAUGGUGCUGCAGAGGGCAACACAUAUUCGGCCCAAGAAGCUGAUGCAUAUGUUGCAUUUUCAGGUAGUGUGGCCGAGUGGUCAACGGCGCUGGAUUAAGGCUCCAGUCUCUCGGGAGGUGUGGGUUCAAAUCCCACCACUGCCAUUUCUAAAACUAAGCUCUCUGGUAAAGUCUCAGAGUUGCCUGCGCUCCCAAAAAAGUGUCAGGCUUUGUAAACUUACGUGCCAAAAUACACACAUCUGUUUUUUCUUUUUGUCUUGGACAGCUAGUAGUUAUGACCAUGAAAAAUUCCUUUCAACUGCCCCUGAGGCGGGGAAAAAAAGAACAGGAAUCAAAUCCAUUUUACGCAAUCUUUAUCUAAGCUUCUACAUUAAUCCAGUAUUUGUGUUUAAUCGGAUUUCCAAACUAAGGGAACUAAAGAGGGGAAGGGUAUCAAAUGUAUACAUUAAACUGACUCCAAAAUAGACACAUAUUGAGUCCCCCAAUACGUAAGACUUAACCCUGAAGGCCCAUACAGGAAGUUGAUUGUUAAUGUUGGGUUAUUAUGGAUUUGUAUAACUGUUGCUAAACAUAUUUUAAACAUUCUCUUGUCAUCAAAAGACUGCAAAAGAGACGCCUCAAAAAUGGAAAUUUCCCCCACAAUAUAAAUCCUGAAUCAUGCGUUGAACCAGACUAAAAAACACUUUACUCAGACUUAUUCACAUCAAUUAUAUUGCGCACGUACAAGUCAUCUGAAUGGACUAACUCACCCUGAUGAUCUCAUCAAUAGUGAGGCGAUGUCUGUUGGUAACUAUCUUGGCUAUAAAUAGACUCAUGCAAGACUCCUCUGUGUGCUGAAGAUGCAUCACUGCGUAUCAUAAAAGUCGUUGUUUUCCAUUUGUCACAGCGUUGUUUGAAAUGGUGUGAGAACCUGUGUGCAGUGGAACGUUAAGCAAUGUCCUUGUAAACUUGAAUUUAUCACAAAAUCUGAUUAAUGUUCAACAAGUUGGAACACGACUGGGGAAAACCCCCAUUUGGUUUCGGGGAAAAAAGAGGCGGCUAGUCCUAGGAAGAUCCUCAGCUCUACAACUUUAAAGUAGAUUAAAAUGCCUUUAUGAAUGUGGUCACCUGAUUAAAAACUAGAGGGGCACUCAGGUAAUGGGUUCUUCCUUGGCCCAAGGUAACAAGACCGAUGCGUACUGAGCUGAGGGUCACAAACAAGCGAAGAAUUGCCUACACACACAAUCCAUCCCUCCCUGGAAAAUGUCACAUCUGUGUGUCUAAAUGGACGAAAACCCGACAAAUGUUGACAGAGCAAAGAGAGGAGCACACGGUUUAAAGUUUUUACUUUGUCAUUCAGUUGUGUAGUUUUGACCUGAGCGGAGCUGUACGCUCAAAGUAAGCAUCGCUUGUUCGUCUGCGACUCAGUUGUUCCUUCCUUUAUUCGUGGGCUCCAAUGUCUCUCAUCUACUGUCACUCAUUGCAAAACUGAAGCAUUUUAUUCACAAGUGAGAAAUGCAUGCUGGAGUUCAUUUAAAGCAUCCAUGUUCAUUCAGUCCAAUUGAGAUUACGGUUUUGAUGGGUCAAACACUAAUCACAGAAAAAUCAUGCGAGUAAUCGAUUCAUUUAGUUCAUCUUUGCCCCGCACUGAUUCUAAGUAAUUCUUUAUUCUACUAAUAUAAAUAGCAUAACCCUAACCAUCAGUCAUUAAAGUGACGUCAGAAGGAUUGUUUGUCCUUUUGGUAACAGAGCAGGGAUCACAUUCUCAGACUCAUUUUAUAGGUGGUAUUGUGUAAAUACUUGACUUGUCUUUUAUGUGUUUUAUACUACUCCUGUAAUAUGUGAAUGUAUAAAUAUUUUUUUUUAGAACA